AUGUCAGGAGUCCCACCUGGGCCACCACCUGGACCACCUCCUGUUAGCAACAAUAUUAUGAGACCUCCUGGACCUCCACCUGGAGCCCCCACAGGACAACCAUUCAGAGCUCCAUAUGGAUUCCCACCCGGUCCACCAAUGGGUUUACCGCCUAUGAUGCCCAAUUUUCCACCACCAUUACCUGCAGGAUGGUCUGAACAUCGAGCCCCGGAUGGAGUGACACCGUAUUUUUAUAAUACACAAACACGCGAAUCAACUUAUGUCCGACCAAAUCUUUUCCCUCAAUUCCCACCUCCAGGUAUCUCCUCUUCUGCUAAUGGUACUCCAGUACCAGCAACGGAGAAGAAAAAGAAAAAAGAAAAACCAAAGGAUAAAGUCGCCAUUCCAGGAACAACUUGGACAAGAGUUACUACCAAUGAAGGUAACGUUUUCUAUUUUGAAAAGGAAUCUAAAAAGUCAGAAUGGAGUGUUCCUGAAGAAAUCAGAGAGGAAGUAGAAAAGCUUGAAGCAGAAGAAAGGGAUCUGGCUGAACAGAAAGAAAGAGCGGAAAAAGAAAAGGCUGAAUUGGAACGUUUAGAAAAGUUAAAGGAGGUUGAAAGAAUCAGAUUAGAGAUCGAAGAAGAAAGAAAGAAAAGAGCAAUUGAGAAUGAACGGAAACGAAAAGCCAGAGAUGAACCUCAAGAGGAAGAAGCAGGACAGAGAAAAGAGGUCAAAAUACCUAAAACGGAAGAGGAUCCGGUUAAUGGCGAAGGGGACGAAGAAGAAAAAGCAGGAGAGGGUGGAGAUUUCCAACCUCAAGAUGACGAGGAUGAAGCAGCAUGGAUGAGAGCUGUCGCGGCUGAAUUCGCAGAAGCUGAUAAACAACUCGAAGAAGAAAAGCAAAAGACUGCUGAAGACAUUAGAAAAGAAGAAGAAGAAGCUGCUAAGAAAGUAUUCGCCGUUCCGGAAAAAGUACAAGUUUCACCCGAGGAAGGAAGAGCAUUAUUCAAGGCUUUGCUCAUCGAAAAAGACAUCAAUCCAUUUUUACCAUGGGAUCAAUCUCUACCUCUUUUCAUCAAUGAUCCUCGAUAUGUCCUUCUAUCCUCCCAGAAAGAAAGACAAGAAGUAUACGAUGAGUACUGUAGGGAUGUCGGACGUGCUAGAAGAUUGGCGAAAACUUCUGGCAGUGGCUCUAAAGUGCCUGAUAAGAAGACUGAUCCAGAGAGAGAAUACAAAGCUUUACUCAGAGAAGAAGUCACCAGCACUCGAAGUCGAUGGGAUGAUUUCAGGAAGAAAUGGAAGAAAGACCGGAGGUUUUACGCCUUUGGAAGAGAUGAUAGAGAUAGGGAGAAACUUUUCAAGACUCAUCUACGGGAAUUAGGGGAACGUAAACGAGCGGACGCUCAACGUGCCGAACAAGAUUUCAACGAUCUUCUGAAGGAAACAGAUGAUAUAACCUCAUCCUCUGUAUGGGCUGAAGUCAAACGGCCUCUAUCGAAAGAUUCACGAUAUGAUGCAGUCGGCUCAUCAUCGCUCCGAGAAGAACUGUUCAAUAAUUAUAUACGUAAAUUAGCUUCCAGCAGUUCAAGUCAACCUUUAUCAAAAGAAGAAGAAGCCGCCAAAAAAUUAUCCGAGAGAAAGGCAAAAGCCGAGGCCAGUCUGAGAGAGAGAGAAGCAAAAAUACGAAAUGAGAAACAGAAACUCGAAAUGGAAACCAACAAGAGCAGAGCGGGUGCAGGACGUGAAGAAGCUGAGAGGUUAUUCUGCAGUCUAUUAGUCGAUCAAGUUAGGGAUUCUGACGUAACUUGGAUAGCAGCGUCUCGAUCUUUAGAAUCUGAUCCAAGGUUCAAUCACCCUGCUUUAGGUCCAAGGGAUAAACAAAGGCUAUUCAACGAUCAUUUGAAUCGAUUACAAUCUAAAAAAUCGAAUGCGUUGAAUCAGCUAUUCGAGAAAUAUACACCAUCACUUGACACCUCUUAUGAAACAGUAUAUCCUAAAAUAGUGGACGAUCCUUUAGUGAAACGAUUAGGACUACAGGGUGAAUCGUUAGAAGAUAAAUGGAAAGUCUGGAAAAGGACAAAAGAAUCAGAAGGUAGAAAAGAAUUUGAAGAAAUGCUGGGUGAAAAUAGUUUCGUUGAAUUUUGGGGUAAGAUGAGAAAGAAGACUUUGGAUGAAAAUGCCCUGAAUGUCAAACAAGAUGAGCAAUUCGAAGAAGCUGAAGGAUUAGAUAUUGUCGGACAAGAAAAUGAAAAUCAAAGUGGUAAAAAAGACUUGACUGAAUUAGCUAGACAAAUUGAUUUAGGUGAAAUCAAAUCGGUUUUAAGACGAGAUAAAAGGUAUAGACAGUUUGACCAUAUCCCCGAAAAGAGAGAACAAUGGUUAAGAGACUAUCUGGAAAAUCUCGAAGCUGCGUCUGGAUCAAGAACGAUACAUAACAUCGGUUUAGGAAGAUGA